AUUCAUACGCCGAAUGUAAAAGCAUUACUAAUUUACUCGUUGACAAAAUUUAUUAAAUGCAGUUCUUAUAACAGUCGUGCAGUCAUCGGUCUGUUUUUAUUUACGAAAAUAUUUGAUAUGUGAUAACUGGCAAUAGCAACAACAAGUCGUCCAAACAGAAACCGGCAUUGCAAAGUGCUAAAAACAACAGAAGCCAAAAAUAACGCCAGCUGAAGGCCCGUUUAUUGUUAGAUUAGAGCUAAACAAAAAAACAAAAAAAAAAAAAAAACACACACACACGCACUACAGCUUGUUGACAAUUAUUAAAGCAACCAUAAUGACUGGCUCAGUACACGAUCCCAAAUGGAGCUUGGAAAGGCGCGAAUCGUCAGGACAUUUGGUCUGGCGCAAAGAGUCGCCAUCAUCAAAGGUGCGGUUCCGUUUUGACGUCGAGGUGCUCGAAUUCGAGAAGCAUCCGAAUGAGGAGCUGGAAGUCAAGGAUGAUCAUUUCUCCCUCACAAAUCUGCCCACAACUGUUGCCUUCUGUGCCACAUGCGUGGCCGUUGUGGCUGCCUCAGUUUUCCUGCCCUGGUACCUGAUGGAAAAGGUUGGCUCGCUGUGAAUGACCCACCACAUAUAACAUACACAGAUUGUACAUAUACUAUUAUAAAUAUUUAAUUCGAUGGUA